AUGAGGAAUGUAAUGCGAUGGGCCCUUCCACUGUCUCCUAAGGCAGCAGUGUUUGGAGCCGAAAGCUCAGAAACGAGGACUUUGACCUGGAGGACCAACCGCCGUACCGCCCGUGAGCUGGCAGAGAGACUCGAGUGUCGUCACAUCCCUCUAAAUAGCCAUCUGCAUGGCCGAAGACAUGAAGCUAUGGCACAUGGAUACCGCAUGUUCUUAACGGUCACCAGCUGCAGAAAGCAAUGCUCAAAGUUUGGUGGAACUCUAAACGAGUCACUCAUUGGGAACUGCUACCUGCAAACACUACUCCAAGUGAAGACAUCCAUUGCAGGCAAUACUGCGUCAAAACAAGCUGAGAUAUUUUCUCUCCAGACAAUACGCGUAGUAUGUUGCGAAGGAAACCCAGCAAAAACUCCAGUGUCUCGGAAGGCAUGUGCUGGUCCACCAUUCGUAUUCGGCGGACCUGACCCCAACAAACUACCAUCUGCUCCUCUUGUCGUCCAACCAACUGUGAAGCAGUCUGAAGAUGCGUUGCAAGUUCGAGGGUGCCUCGGUGAAUCUGUCCAUCAAAACCGCAUGAUUUCCAUAUAA